AUGACUUUAAUAUAUUUUCUUUGCAGGUCUCCUACAGGAAACAGAAUUCAAUCAAUUGACGGCGCUUUCGAAAACCUCACUGAACUUAAAAUACUGUAUUUAAGUUGGAAUAGAAUAGAAGCCAUUAAUGUCGGAACCUUCAAAGAUACAACAAGCCUGGAAACACUGUAUUUAAGUGGUAAUAGGAUAGAAGCCAUUUAUGACGGAACCUUCAAAGAUACAAGCCUGAAAACACUGGAUUUAAGUGGUAAUAGAAUAAAGGCCAUUAAUGUCGGAACCUUUAAAGAUGCAACGAGCCUGGAAACAUUGUAUUUAAGUGGUAAUAGAAUAGAAGUCAUUAAUGUCGGAGCCUUCAAAGAUACAACGAGCCUGAAAAAUCUGUAUUUAGGUGGUAAUAGAAUAGAAGUCAUUAAUGUCGGAACCUUCAAAGAUACAACGAGCCUGGAAACUCUGGACUUGGGUAACAACAAAAUAACUCAUCUAAACCAAGGUGUUUUCAGUGGUUUGGCAAGUCUUCGAAUAUUAGAUGCAGGCUACAACAACAUUCAAUCAAUCGAUGGAGAUUUCGAAGACCUAACACAACUUCGUUAUUUAUACAUGGACUACAAUAAUCUGACUAAAUUACCAAAGUUUCCGAAACAGAUACAACAAAUGUAUGCAAGGUACAACAACAUUCAAUCAAUCGAUGGAGAUUUCGAAGACCUAACACAACUUGGUUAUGUAUUCCUGGAAAACAAUGAUCUGACUAAAUUACCCAAGUUUCCGAAACAGAUAAAAGAAAUAUAUGCAAGCUACAACAACAUUCAAUCAAUUGAUGGAGCUUUCGAAGACCUAACACAACUUAGUGAAUUGUAUGUUAUUUUUUGA